GAUGACACUCCGAUGGACGAGGAACCUCUCUACGUGAAUGCCAAGCAAUACUAUCGCAUUCUCAAGCGGCGUGUAGCCAGAGCCCGUUUGGAGGAGCUACACAGGCUCUCAAAGCAAAGAAAGCCCUAUCUCCACGAGUCCCGCCAUAAGCACGCUAUGCGACGCCCUCGCGGGCCAGGUGGUCGGUUUCUCACUGCAGAGGAGAUCGCUGCUCAAAAGGCGCAGCAG